AUGUUCACAGUACCAUUACAUAUUGGCAAUUUACAAAUUGAUUUUACAAAACGCUUAAUUUCAAUUGAUCGAUUUAAUGUUGUAAUUAAUGAUAAUAAUAUUAAUGUUCCUACUGCUAUUAUUCCUGCUACAAUAAAACGGCAAGAAUUUAAGCGAACAUUAACAAUAAAUAUUGGAUGUGCUAUAACUGAUCAAACUAUACAACUAAAUGAAUAUGCAAUAAAUGAUAAUUUAUUACGGAUUAAAAUUAAUGAUGGAACUGAAUUAUUAAUUAAAUAUGAUAGAAAGGAGGAAUUAUUUGAAAAAUAUGAAAUUGAAUGGUCAAAUAUCAAAUGUUAUCAUUAUAUGAAGGAUGUGAUAAAGGCUGAUGCUAAUAGCCAAUGGUAUGGUGGACCUCAAAUAGCUCAGCAAACUUGGCCUUUGGCUGAAACUCUGCAACAAUUUUCACCGUAUUUAUCAUCGGAUACAUUAAAAUUUUAUCAUUUUCAUAAUAAUGCAAAAAAUAUAUCUGGAAUGGAGCGUUACUGGUUAUGUUCCAGUAAAUUUGCUAUUUAUGUGCCAGAUAAUAUACCACUUUGGACAUCAUAUAACUAUGACAAACUUUCACUUCAAGCACAAAUUGAUAAUUCUCCUUAUAUUGGUUUCUUUACAAAUACUGUUGCACCAAGUCUUUCCUAUUCAAUAUUUGUAGCAAAAUGUUGUACGCUACGUAAUUUUCAUAUCGCUGUUCAUGGAAAUUUGUAUGAUUCAUGUAAGACUAUUCCUGAUGAAGCAAUGAUUCGUAAGCCUAUUUGGUCAACUUGGGCAAGAUACUCAGAAAAAGUAACGCAACAUGAUGUGCUUGAAUUUGCUCAAGAAAUUCUAAAUAAUCAUGCACCAAUUUGCCAGCUUGAAUUGGAUGAUAAUUGGGCUACACAUUAUGGCGAUUUUGAUUUUAAUAAGGUUAAAUUCCCGGAUGUGGAAGGUAUGUGCAAACAACUGGAACAAUUGAAUAUUCGAUUAACUCUAUGGGUUCAUCCAUUUGUCAAUUUGAUUAGCGAAAAUGGGAAAAAUCCGACAUUACGGCAUUUAUUUGUGAGAGAUUCCAGUGGUCAACCGGGAAUUGUUGAAUGGUGGCAAGGGCAGGCUUAUGUGAUCGAUUUCACAAAUCCUGAAGCAGUGCAGUGGUUUUGUGAACAGCUGGAAAAAAUUAAAAAGGUUGGCAUUUUCUCAUUCAAAUUUGACGCAGGUGAAGUGACCUAUCUUCCAGAAGAUGUUCAUCUAUAUUCUGGUGCUUCACCAAAUGAUUUUUGCGAGGCUUACGUACGUACAGCCGCAUCGUUUGGAUCUUCAGUUGAGGUAAGAGUUUUUCGUCAUACACAAUCUCUGCCCAUAUUUUAUAGGACAAUGGAUCGCUUAUCAACCUGGAAUAACAUUGGUUUGAACACUUUAAUACCAGUGGUACUUAAUUUCGGACUACACGGUUAUUAUUAUAAUUUACCGGAUAUGAUAGGUGGUAAUGGAUAUGGUGGUGAAAAAUGCAGCAAAGAAUUGUACAUUCGUUGGAUGCAGGCAAAUGAAUUCCUGCUGUCUAUGCAAUUUUCAUAUCCUCCAUGGCAGUAUGACGAUGAGUUGUGUGAUAUUUUCCAUCGCAUUAUGCAAAAACGAAAUGAGAUGAUGAAUUUUUUAAUUGAAGCUUGCCAGAAAAGUUGUAAAAGCGGUCAACCCGUAAUACGGCCGUUAUGGUGGUUAUCGGAAGAUCCGGAAGCAUUGUAUUCUAGUGAUCAGUUUGUAAUCGACGAUACUAUGAUUGUUGCACCAAUUUUGACUGAAGGUGCAACAUCACGAAAUGUUUUUCUUCCAAAUGGUAUUUGGGAGCAUGAAUUAACUCACAAUAUUUACAUGGGACCAAUUAAAUUGACUGUUGAAGCUCCUCUUUUCCAUCAUGCUCCACCAUAUUUUACUUCUGUUGAAUAA